AUGUUAGUCGCGGCGUUUCUCCGCAAUGGCUUGGGCCUUCUGGUGCCUUUGGCGAUAGCCUGCACCAUCUAUCUCUAUCUCUAUCCCUUUUUCGGCGGCUGCGCGUUUCCUCUGCCGUCGAGAGACUCCAAGGAGGCCUUUGAAGCAACCAAACAGCUGCAUUGGCCGUACACCGGACUCGAAUCCGAACCAGACCAUGUGCCGACGCAGCUGGCUCCCUUCCGGCUUCUUGCUCUGGGCGAUCCUCAGCUAGAGGGCGAUACGUCGAUCCCAACCGUCAUCUUGGGCACGUUCCCCCAUAUAUUCAGCAUCUUCGACCAUGUCACGUUUCGCACCGAGCACUGGUGCUUUCGCGAACGCGUGCGGCAGAUUGUGCACGACAUUGUCGACAUCUUUUUUGAAGACAUCCCGUGGUUCCUCGAGUCUUUGCGCAAACGCUUCGACCUCUUCGGCAACGACUUCUACCUCGCCCACAUCUACAGAACGCUGCACUGGUGGUCGCGCCCAACUCAUGUUACGGUGCUCGGAGACCUGUUGGGCAGCCAAUGGAUAGAGGAUGAUGAAUUUGACGUACGGGGCCACAGGUUCUGGGAGCGAGCUUUCCGCGGCGGAGAGAGAGUGCCCGACGAUGUCGCCGUGUGGCCAGAGCACGAGUAUGAACUCGCGGGCAUGCUGGAUGGAUCCGAGGCGGAGGACAUUUGGACAAGAAGAAUCAUGAACGUUGCUGGGAACCACGAUAUUGGAUAUGCGGGCGACUUGACGCCCGAACGACUGGACCGGUUCGAGCGUGUCUUUGGCAAGGUCAACUAUGAGCUUCGAUUCGGAAUUCCGAUCAACGACACCGAUGUGCUAGCCACCUUGCACGACGAUGCGACGAACCCCGAGUCGACACGAAUAGAGCCCGAGAUUCGCAUUGUUGUUCUCAACGACAUGAAUUUGGAUACCCCUGCCAAAAACGCAACUUUGCAGGACCAGACAUAUCAGUUUAUCAACAAGGUUAUCGGAACAUCGGCUGCUGUCGAGUACUCGGGAAUAUUCACUCUCGUCCUAACCCACAUUCCUCUUUACAAGCCCGAAGGCGUCUGUGUCGACGCGCCCUUUUUCGACUUCCACACCGCGGAAGAAGGCGGCGGCGUCAAGGAGCAGUAUCUGCUGAGUGCAGAUGCCAGCAAGGGCUUCCUCGAAGGUUUCUACGGCAUGAACAAGGACCCCAACGCCGCGGCCGGCGGAAGGGGCCGCAAGGGUCUGAUUCUCAACGGCCACGACCACGAAGGCUGUGACACGUACCACUUCAUCAACCAGACAAACGGCACAGAUCCAGCUGAGCGCUUCUGGGAAGUGGCGAGAUGGCGUGAUGCCCAGGCUCAAGGGCUACCUAAUCUGAUAUCUGAAGGUGUCCCAGGCCGCCGAGAGAUUACCGUCCGUAGCAUGAUGGGCGACUUUAACGGCAACGCUGGCCUGCUCAGCAUGUGGUUCAACCAGGAGACGUGGGAGUGGGAAUACGAGUUUGUCAACUGUCGCCUCGGCACGCCGCUUUUUUGGUGGUUCGUUCACUUUCUAGAUUUGGGAGUGGUUGUGGCCUUUUUGGUGUAUAUCGCGGUGACCAUCAUGGGCGCUGCAGGUGUUGACGUGGACGCGCGGUUCUUUGAAGCAGUUGAAUGGGGCAGACGCAGAUUUUCACAGUGGUGGAAUAAGAAUAGCAAUAGAGCAGCGGCGACGACGACACAGAAUGGACAUGCGAAGAUGAACGGGUGA